GUUUGGUUGCUUGGCAACCCUAUAUCACGCGAAGUACGGUCACACGACUAUUAAAUGUGUGCGUGUGUAUUCCUCGGAAUUGAAUCAGAAAAAUAAAAACAAAUUUUCUUGGAGCUAAACAAUUGGACACCUGGGCAUUAAGUCAACAAAAGUAAUGUCUGCCUAUUACAACCUAUACACUGGCGACUACGAUGACGAGUCAAUUGGGGACGAGCGGAGCGAGGAGGAUACGGACGACGCCAGUGAAACAGAGUUCCGUAGUGCGCAGCGCUACGGCGGCACCAACGGCACCACGACCACCAACAGCAUGGGCAGCAAUAGUGAACUAAAGGAGCAGAUGUACCAGCACAAGCUACUCAACCUACAGAAGCAGAUGGACGAGCUCAACCAGCUGGUCCACCCAGAGUACGUGAAACGGCUGAAAAAGCUGGAUAUCCAACUGAAGGAGCGGCGGAGACUGAACGAGAUCUACAAGGAGUACAUGAGGGAGUGCGUCGAGAGGGACUACAUUCUGGAGAAGAAGGCCGCCCAGAAGGAGUACGACGAGAAAAUGAUGGACCUCAAGGACAACCUGAUAUCGGACUUUGAGGACCGCAAGCGACAGAUCGAGAACGAGCGCUACAGCCUCGAACUGACCAACGAUUCGAUGGAAAUCAAGACGACGGUCACCCGGAAGCUGAGGAGGCGACCCAACGAGCCGCUCCCGGUGAUUGAGAAGCGACGGAAGCCCGCCACAGGGCAGCUCCUCGUCUACCAGCUGGACGACAAGGAAAUCGAGUCCGAUCUCAAGGUGAUCCAGCGCGGCAAGCCGCUGGCACCCAGCGCCCUCCAGAACGGCCUCAGUUCGUACGCCCAGAGCCAGCAGCAGCAGCAACAACAGCAGGUGCACGGCCUCCUGCCCGAGUCCCCCGUCAGCAGUGGCGGCUAUGUGGAGACGAGGAUCGAGGACAACAAGCUGCUGUACGAGCGACGGUGGUUCUGUCGGGGCCAGCAGGUCUACGUGGAGGGCAAGGACAUGAGCAAGUUCGCUGCCACCAUUACAGCGAUUGGCAACGAUGUGGUGUGGGUGAAGCGGACGAACGAGAGCAAGGUCAAGAUCAACAUGUCGCAUCUCGCCAAGGGAAAAAUAUCGAUAAAGCGGCGAUAGUUUCCGGUCCACCGGCCCGCGAACCCACGACGUCGUAGGGCACUUUUUUUUAUUCCCCCCCGGCCGUGGCCCCAGCCCCCGUCCCGGGCCCGGUCCCGUUCCCGGUCCGAGCAUGUAUCUUCGUAACUAUAGCAGUUAGCAGUGUGCACAGAAACUAGGUUAAGUACAAAAUUAAAUCUAUUUAAAAGCUAAAAUUGUAAAUAAAACAAGUGUCAUUUUUUAGAA